AACCAGAACAAGCAAGAUGAACUACAAGAUAAAGUAACCCAGAACACAAAAAGCAAUCAAUCUCUCUCUCUCUCUCUCUCUCUCUCUCUCUCUCUCCCCCUCCCUCUCUCUCUCGUGUUUACUUUUAUAUCUCUCUCUCGUGUUUACUUUUAUCUCUCUCUAGGGUUUGGAACCAGGUUCCUUUAUUAGUGUCUUACAUCCAUUUGGUCAUAUAUAGAUAGAAUAAUAAACAUAGAUUUGGAGAUAUAUAAUUGAUCAGGGAGUGGAAGGAUGGGAAGGGGAAGAGUGGAGUUGAAGAGGAUAGAGAACAAAAUAAACAGACAAGUAACAUUUGCAAAGAGAAGGAACGGACUGUUGAAGAAAGCAUAUGAGCUCUCUGUGCUUUGUGAUGCUGAGGUUGCUCUCAUCAUCUUCUCUAACCGUGGCAAGCUCUACGAGUUUUGCAGCACUUCCAACAUGCUUAAGACACUUGAAAGGUACCAAAACUGCAGCCAUGGGACACUGGAAGUUAACCGGACAGCCAAAGAUUUAGAGCAAAACAGCUACAGGGAAUACCUAAAACUCAAAGGCAAAUACGACUCCCUACAACAAUAUCAGAGGCACCUUCUUGGGGAAGACCUAGGGCCUCUAAAUAUAAAAGAUCUCGAGCAUCUGGAAUUACAACUAGACGAAUCCUUGAUGCAUAUUAGGUCUACCAAGACUCAGAAUAUGCUUGACCAGCUUUCUGAACUUCAAAAUAAGGAAAGAAUUUUGCUUGAGACUAACACCGCUUUGGAGGAAAAGCUGCGUGAAUAUCACUCAGAGACUCAGUUACGACAAUUAUGGCCAGGCGGUGAAGUAAGUGCCUCGUACGGGCAGCAGCAGCACCACCAGCACCAACAACAGCAGGGGCAGUCUCAGGGAUUUUUUCAGCCACUGAACUGCAAUUCUACAUUGCAAAUCGGGUAUAAUGCUGUAGGUUCUGAUCAGAUGAAUGGAACUAAUGGCCAAAAUGUGAACGGACUAGUUCCAGAUUGGAUGCUUUAAAUAUCAAGUGUGAUCUUCUGUGUGAUCUGAGAUUCUAUAUAUAUAUAUUUGAUAAGCAACCAAACUGGCAUGCACCAUUUUGUACCAUGCUAUAUAUUGUAAUUAGGUAUGUUUUGUGAUAGCAAAAAGAUUAAACAAGAGGCAGCAAUGACUGGCUUAUGUAGCAUGGGCUUAUGAGAGAAGUCACCAGAUUGCUCGGUUCUUUGCUAAAUACCUUCAUAUAACAAUUGCAUGCAUAAGAUUUGACUUAAUCUAU